GAACUUUGGGUACGUGGGCCUCAAGUGAUGCGCGGUUAUUGGGAGCGUCCCGAAGAAACAGCCAAUGUGCUCGGCGAAGACGGUUGGUUGCGUACGGGUGACGUGGCGAUUAUGAACGAGAGGGGCAGUUGUAAAAUUGUUGAUCGUAUAAAAGAUAUGAUUUUGGUGUCGGGUUUUAAUGUGUAUCCCAAUGAAAUUGAAGAUAUCGUUGCCCUGCAUCCUAAAGUGCUUGAAGUUGGAGCUAUUGGCAUGACGAGUGAAUCUUCGGGCGAAGCAGUGAAAGUGUUUGUCGUUAAAAAAGAUGACUCACUCACAGAGCAAGAGUUAAUGGACUAUU